AUGAAGUUUCCAUUGCUUUUAAACUAUUCAGGAGUAACUACAAGCUUGCAGAAGUUAAAUGUUCAAGAUGAAAAGUUUCAUAGUACAGUGAAGAAGGCUGGAGAUACUAUGAAUAAAAAACAGUUUGGUCCUCUUGAUAUUGCUUUAACCAAGAGAAGAGCACGUGUUCAUACAGAAUCUAUCAAGAAAAGGAAAAUAACUAGAAGAAGUAUUGCUGAUAGAAUGACCUUCCCAGAAAACCUUGGUGAUAGCUUUCAUCAGGGAAUGCUUAGCAACAUAGAAGAUUGCCUUGAAAACAUCAAUACAGAUAAAGAAUUUCCAGCACCGAAGACAUUUAAAGCAAUUAGAAAAUCAGAAAUAACACUAAGUGAUGCAAAGAAGUUUGAAAUUUCUAAAACACCUGCUUUAUACAUAAAUAACUUUUCUGAAGCAAACCAGCUUGGCAAACCAUUAAUUCCUAGGACUCCACACUUCCCAUUAACAGUACAUCAGAUGGGAGAACAGAAAGCCUGUUCAACUAUACCAGAGACACCUCUCUUUGCACAUACAUCUCAUGAGGUGGCAGAGUAUUGUGACAGACCCUCAAUACUCCUACAUACCCCAGAAACACCAGUAGUGUUAUUGGGGAAGAAAGAGAAAUAUCAGACUAGAUGUGUCGUGAAAUGGGGAAAACAGCCUGUGCAAGUAGUUCCUGAAACCCCAGCUCUAAAAUUGAAAUUACCCUAUGAGUUGUCACUUUAUGACUAACUUGAAAACUGAGUCAGCUAACAGACAGCAUGCAAAAGCAGGAUACCAAACCUUAGAGCCAGAACAAGUCAAAGCAAAAAAUAAAAAUUGUGUUUGGUCUUUGUAAGUUUAAUCUACAUUGAACACAAAUUGUGGUACAUUAAUUUAAGAGCUCAGAACUAAUCAUGAUAAUUCAUGAAAAAUUGGUACAUAAAUUUAUAUCAGUGUUGUUACUAUAUACACAUGCAAGAAUAUUAAAAAUAAC